AUGGCUACAGUUGCUUCUCAGCCUCGCUCGCAGAACGGCGCCCAGGGUACUCGUGGCAGGCGAAUGAACCGUCCCCGUGGAGGCGGCAGGGGCAAGCCUCACACUGCUCAGCCCGCCGCUGCACCGGCAUCUGCCCCUGUAGCUGAGGCGCCCAAAGUCGAAGAAGCCGCGGAAACGGCUGAGUCUGUAGACGAAGAGAUGAUAUGCUGGAUCUGUGCCGAGCAGGUCAAAUAUUUCGCCGUCUCAGAGUGUAAUCACCGAACCUGCCAUGUCUGCGCUCUCCGUCUGCGUGCUUUGUACAAGAAGAUGGAGUGUACUUUCUGCAAGGAGACACAAGGGGUUGCGAUCUUCACUACAUCUCCUGACAAGUCCUUCUCCGACUACGGCCCUACCGACAUUCCGCAUAAGGAUGGGAAGCUCAAUAUCUUCUUCGAGACGCAGGAAAUGAUGGAAGACUCCCUCGUGCUUCUUCGUUUCAAUUGCCCUGACAGGACGUGCGAAUAUAUCGCCACCGGCUGGAACGAUCUGAAAUUGCAUGCUCGCGGUCAGCAUGGCAAGCUCAUGUGCGAUAUCUGUAUCGGAAACAAGAAGGUCUUCUCGCAUGAGCAUGUUCUGUAUGCCCCAAAUGUUCUCGCGAUGCACAUGCCGUCUAUUCCUCAUCGUCGAGGAGAGAAGCCCCUGCCAAAGGAGCAAAUCGAAGGCGGUGUGCACCCCAUCUGCGAGUUUGACAGGACAUGCUUCUUCGGCGAUGAUGAACUGUACGCCCACAUGCGCGAGCGCCACGAGGAAUGUUUCAUCUGUAAACGCAAUGAGGUCCGCGACCAGUACUUCCGGAACUACGAGGCCUUGGAAAAGCAUUUCGAUAACGCUCAUCAUCCAUGUCCAAACUCCUCGUGUCAGCAACGCAAAUUCGUUGUCUUUGGUACUCUGCUCGAUCUCAAAGCGCACAUGGUGGAUGAGCAUGGUGCCGAGAUGUCCACUCGUGACCGUAAAGACGCACAACGCGUGAAUAUUGAGUUUCAACAAACGAAUGGAGGCGGUGGGAGGCGAAGAGGGGGGCAAGGUGGCGGAGGUGGUCAAGAGCGAGAACCGCCGCCUCAUCAGGGAGGUGGUGCCGGCCCCUCGUCUGGAGGAGGCGGCCGCUCGCGCCGAGAACGGUUCGGAGGGCACCUUACCACAGAGGGAGCAUCUGCACCCAAUUCUGCGGGUCCGAGCAGGAGGCAGUCACCGUCACCGCCGCCGGCCGAUAUGGAUCCGGUCACCGCUCAGCGUCAUGCCGACCUAUAUGCUCGUUUACGAGCUCUCGCACCAAACCCGACGAAUGCCGUAGCCUCGCUCAAGCUGUCUUUGCGCUCAUAUACCGCUUCCGAGAUGGGACCUCGCGAUCUUAUCUCGAACAUCUGGAAUAUCUUAGAUCGUGAUCUCGAUAACACCGCUAGCGUGGUCAACCUCGUCAUUGAUCUUCUCGAGGGUGAUGAUAAGAAGAGUGUGUUGCUAGGCGCCUGGAAUGGCUUCAAGCUCGAGCAACGGCGGCAGUUCCCCGACCUGGUGCCAACUUCUAUAGGCGAGGAAUGGGCCGGGAUCGCGGGUGGGCGCAUGCUCGCUCGACCCGCGCCCAGCGCACCGUCGCGCUCGCAGACGACGGCCGUCUGGGAUCGUGUGGCGCAGGCCGCAUCAAGCACGACACCUCGCCCGGCACCGCGGUACGUUCCAGGAGCUGCGCCGCCGCGACCACAACGGACAGCACCACCGGCUUCGACUGCUCCCGCAUUCCCCGCUCUCGUUCCUAGUCGCACGCCAGCACCUCAAACCGCUGCUCACCGCCAGGCAAACCGUUCAACGACUGCAUGGUCCGCCUCUGCAUCUGGUGCAGCACCUCCACCUGCGCCACGCGCCCCGCCUCCGCCCUCUUCAGUCAAUCGCAAUGUUCCACGGGGGCCACCACCUAAGUUGUCAAAUAGCGCGUUCCCAGAGUUGCCUACUGGCGCGCCGUCGCGCCGUCCGGCGCCAGCUGCAGGCAACAAUGGUUCGUUGCAGAAGAUUCUGGGUAGUUCGGCUCCUUCUCAGUCGGCUUGGACGCCUGGUGGCGGUGCUUCGGCGUCGAAUGCUCCUCCUGAAGCACCUGCACCUGCGCCGGAGGGAGGCAAGGGGAAGAAGGGGAAGGGGAAAGGAAAACAGACGCUGUUCACGCUCGGGUCGUUCCCAACCUAG